GUUAUUGUUAUUUUAAUUCAGACUAAACUCAAAAAAUUCUAGAUCGGAAACUCAAUAUAAAAAAAUCACUACUGCGGUCAGUAACUGCUCUUAUGAUAAAGGGAGAGCAUUGAUGAACACCAGUGUACCCUUUCUAGUUAGGUUGAUUAUACACGAAAUCGACUAUAUAACCUAUGAAUCAAAUAUCACAGGCGAUAUGUAACAAAGAAAAAAUUUUUUAUUUGAAUAAUCAUUCUCGUUUUUAAUGUAAUUAUUAAAUAAACUGUAAGUAAUUUGUGAAAAUAUUGCAUUGCAUACAUCAAUUCGACAACCGAUUUUGAAAUUAGUUGAGUGUUAAAUACAAAAAAAUGGAAUCGCGUCCGAAGGUAUGGGGAAAGAGGAGAAGUCUUGUUAGAAGAAUUGGAUCUAUGUUACCGUUAAGACCACCUCCAAAAAUAUACGUUCGGGUAACACCUUUACAUUCUAUGUCAAAUUCUAUGAUUAACGAAGGAUCUCAUCAUGAUUUAAGUCGCAUAAAUGGUUGUAGUUCAGAAAAUGGUCGACUGUCUGGAAGUAAACCGGAUUUGUUUGAACCCAUUAGUUUCGGUUCUGAAGUAAGGCUAUUGGCAUUAGAGCAAGAAUUACAAGAAUUGAGGACACAAGUAUCACAAAUAAUUCAAAAUACUAGUUAUCAACAUCACUCAUCAUUGGUGUCGUUAUCGAACAAAAAUGAAAAUACUGAAACACAUUUGUCCGUAUCACCAUCACGGCCUCCUCUACCACCACCAUUGCCUCCUCCGAGCACACCUCACAUAGCUAGAAGAGCUAGUCUACAAGAUCACAAGCUUGAAGAUAGAAAAAAACCUUUUGUACUUCAAAAAUCAAUGGCUGAUAUGCUCAAUGAGAUACAUAAAGUUCAUUUAAAGCCUAUUGCACGAACACCUGGAGGACAUCCAAUCCGGCCAAAACGGGAGAAUAGUCCAUGUAGUGAUUUACAAGAAAUUUUACGAAGAAGAUACGAGGCUAUGAGUGCAUCUCCUAAUAGUGUGAAUUCAUCUUAUUCUACUAUGGAUGAAUCUUUCACUUAAACCUAUUAUCAUAGUUUCAAAACUACGUUUCUAUUUCCUCAUUGAAUGGUCUUUCAAGACAUAUGAAAUAUUCUGGGGCCAUUCUAUUGAUUGACUUAGAAAAUGAAAAAUAUUCUUUUUCUUUAACUAUUUUUGCAAUUUGAUAAUGACACGUAUAAUUUAAAUUUUAUUGAGAUACUUUUGAUUACAGACGAGUCAAAAAAAAAUAUCUCAGAUUGCCAUUUAGAAAGGUUGAUCCUAUACUAGAAAUAAUUGAAUAAAAUUUUCGGAAGAUGUCAUAUUAUUAUAUUUCUUACAUUAUAUUAAUUAUAAUUCUCGUGAUUUUAAAAAAUUUGUUAGAAAUCUAUUUUUCGAAACAUUAGCAACUAAAAUUGAUUGUUAGAUAUGAGUUUUUAUGAAGCUUAUGUGAUUUUUUACUAAAAAACUGUGAUACCCAUUCAUAAGAUAAUUUAGUUUUUACUCAAAAAUUGCAUAAUUGUCAUAAAAGCACGUAAUUCUCUAACAAAAGUCUAUGUGUAACAAUAAGAGCCAAUUUUAAUUGUCAACAUAUCUAAAAAAAAACUUUCUAAAAAAUUUGACAAAUCACACUGAUUGUAAUGAAUCCCCCGAAAAUUUUAUUAAAUUAUUACCGUCAAGUCUUAUAUCGUGAGUUCACUUAACAGAAUCUUUUUCAAAAGAUUUUGACUUUAUCGUGCUUUUUUGCGGCCAUAGACAACAGUAUCACACCUACAAUUACAAUAUGAUCUAGAUCUGUUAAUAAAUAUCUCGAAGAAGUGAUGAGAAUUGCAUAAUUUAUCUAGAUAAGAAUUAAUACUUGAUGGACACAAGUUAUUACUUUAGUUUUUAUGUGAAUGUUCAAAUAGAAUUUAUUUACAGUGCAAUCAUAGAUUGAAAUGUCACUUGUCCAGUUUAAUUUAAACAGUACUCUCAGAACAUAAUUUUAUUAUUGUUAAAUGCAAUCAUCAAUUGUGAAAAAUUGAUGAUGGAUCAGAUUUUUAAGACAUUCUGGAAAUGAUUGUGUUCUUUUUUAGUGAUAAGACGUGUAAUGAUUGUACAGACAUGUUUUAUAUAUAAGAAUUUUGGAUAUAUACGUAAAUAAAAUUUAUUGUUACACAAAUUUGAUAAAAUUAAAUCUAUUUCAUAAAAGUAAUGCUAUUGAAACUUUUAAAGUAAAAUCAAUAUCUCAAUUUUUUGCUUGAUAAAAUACCGAUAAAAAUGAAAAAUAUUUCGCUCCCACAGUACGGGUAGUGUGUUCCAUACAUCAUUGAACAUCAUAUAUUUAAAAAACAAAUGACAAAUUCUUAUUUUUAUUUUUGUGCUUUUAAGAAGACUGAUAAAUUUGUAUUUAUUGCUAUUUUAAUGUAAACGUAAUAAAAUUAUUUGUAAA